AUGGCGGCUGAUUCGAAUUCCCCAUCUGAAGAUGAUAUAUUCCAGGAUAAAGAAGAAUUACUAAAAGAGGCGUAUUCAAAUUCAGUCAAUGAAGUGAAUAUACUUUCUAAAGAAUUAUCAGACAUGCAGAAAGAAUUAUUGUACAUUGAACAUUUAAUAGAUGAACAAGAAAUUCAAAAUAAUGAAUAUACUUUAUACAUUGAUAAAAAGAGGGAGAAACAAAUGAAAAAUACAACAACAUUAGAAGAUUUUCAUUUGUAUACAUUAGGCGAAUUGAAAAAGGACAGAGAGGAGAUGUUAUCAGCUUAUGCUAAAAAGAAAUCCGAAUUACAAAAUACAUUAAUACAAGAGAAAAAGCUGUUGAAAAGUUUCAAAGAAGAAUUAGCAUCAACUGCUGAUAUCCAGUUAAUACGUCAAAAACAAGAGGCUGAAAUUGAAAGAUUAGAAAAAGAGAUUCGCGCGACACGUGCUCAACAAUCGGAACAAUUGAAAGAGUUGAAAGCUCAAUCUAUUAUGAAACAAAAACAAUUAGAUGAAGAAACGAAACACAUCUUGGAUGAAAUAGUUAAGGAAUCUAAAAAGGUUUCAGACAAACUGAUCACUGAUUAUGUCAGUAAUAUAUCGAAAGAAAAUGAAGAAUUAUACAAGAGUAUUUUAAACAAACUAGAAGAGAUCAAAAAGCUAGAGAAACAACGAGACGACUUACAGAAACAAAAUGAAGAACUUCAACGAAAUCAAAUAUAUUCCAAGAUUAAUGGUCAGAUUCGUUCAAAUUCAAAGUUCACAUGUUGGGAAAUCUAUCCCACAGCAUAUUUAUCAAGAUUUUUAUGGAUAAACAAUAAAGGCGAGUCAAUCCCCGCACAAAACACCAAUAAUAAUAAUAACGAAAAUGAAAAUGAAUAUGAUUAUACUGCUGGCGAAAACGAUCCAGAAGUGUCUUCUUCUUCAACUGAUGUCUUAUUAACACCAACAUUUAUUAAUCAUCCUGUAACACAAUAUUAUCAUCAUCAUCACCACUAUUAUCAUUAUUAUUUGUCAUCUAAUGAUUAUCAAAAAAUGUUUAAAUUAAUUAAACCAGAGAUAGCGCAUACACUUGUACCUGAAGGGUAUUCAACACCAGAUUUAACAUUGAAUAUAACAGAUCGUAUGAUCCAAUGGUUAAAACAGAUGAUAAAUAAUCAAUCAUAUAAACCGUUGACAAAAUAUUUAUUGAUCACAUGUGAUGAUUGUGAUAAUGAAGAGAAUAUUAUUGAUCCAAAAAAGGCGCCGAAUUUAACUGUACCAUUGGAACAUUUAGUCUAUCAGUUGAAAGUUGUUGUUGAAAUUAGAUAUCAUCCACGUGUUUACAGACAGAAACGUUCUUCAGUAAUGGAAGGUGAUGAAACACUAUCGAAUGUUUGUCAUUCAACUGGACAUCAUUUUGGUUGUUGUACACAACCACUGUCUGUAAAAUUUGCUGAUAUUGGCUGGGAUAAUUGGAUUAUACAACCGAAAGCUUUUCAAUUGAAUUAUUGUCUUGGAUCAUGUAAAAUCACAUCAGCAAAAAGUCUACAUUAUGACGUCAUGGAUAUCCUGCUGCGUAGAAACUUAUCACAAUUCGGCAAUAUACAACCUGAUGAAAUACAAUCCUGCUGUCAUCCAACACAUUUGGCUAGUAUGCCUGUUCUCUACUUAGAUACAAAUCGUGAAUUACAAAUGCAUCGACUGCAUAAUCUCAUUGUUUUAGGGUGUGGUUGCAGUUAA